AUGGCUCGCUUCACCCUGGCCAUCUUACUGCUGUCCGCCCGCGCGCUGGCGGACGCGGGGUGCGUCGCCGACGGCACGUGCCCGACCUAUGAGGCCGAUACCUCCGCGCUUCUGCAGAGCCGGGCCUCACGCUUCGGAGCUACGCUGGCGCGGACAACGUGCCCAGGGAGCAACACCUCAUGUGCCGGCAACCAGUGCUGCCCCCGCACGCCCGGGCAGCACGGGGGGGACAAGACUUUCCCGUGCCCGAGCGCGGAUGCCGGCUGGGACGGCUGCGGAGCAAUACCUCAUGUGCCGGCAACCAGUGCUGCCCCCGCACGCCCGGGCAGCACGGGGGGGACAAGCCCGAGCGCAGACGAUGGCUGGGACGGCUGCGAGACCGGCGUCGCAGCUCUCGUGCAAGCUGAUACGGUGACGUGCCCAGGGAGCAACACCUCGUGUGCCGGCAACCAGUGCUGCCCCCGCACGCCCGGGCAGCACGGGGGGGACAAGAUUUUCCCGUGCCCGAGCGCAGACGAUGGCUGGGACGGCUGUGAGACCGGCGUCGCAGCUCUCAUGUGAGCGUGAUUCAUCUUGUUAAUUUUCCGUGCUGGCCAGAGGGCGCCGCUUCAAUGCGCACGCUGCUUACGUUGCCUGUGUCUGCAUCGAGACUCGCCUGCGUCAAGUCAGGGCCCUUGGUUUCCGUCUUGCAAUGGCAGCGAUGGCGCAUCUGUUUGAUCUCGAAUACCUAGUGUGUGCACCUCCCCGACCCGAUCAACUCCCGCUUUUCAUCCUGCGCACUUUUGCGAGAGAAGAGGGUUCGCCGAUCGCAACGCCCGUGCCUUCAGACUUUGGCACGUCUGUUGACGUGUCAACGAGGGCAAAGUUUUUGCAACCAUGAGUUCGCCACGCACGGACGUGCAAGCAUCUGCAGUUGACGGCCACCCAGGUGACUGGCAGCUGUAGAUCCGACUUUGAACUGCCAGCUGACAGGGGCUGUAUAGCGCAUGCAUCCAAUUGCCUGCACAUCCAUGGGUCCCGCAUAAAUACUAGUUCGCUCGCACCGCGGCACCGCGGUUUGCACAAAAAACGAUGUUGAUUCAAAUGCCGUUAUGCAUACUUGGUACUGUUGGGCACCUGUGUGGUUUUUAACGAAGACGCCUACGGCGACUCACCGCCGCCCCUUGCCCCUUUGGAAGCGCCUCAGUGGCCGACAGCUGGGCCAGAGCUCGGCCAAACUAUCGGGCCGGUUGUUCCCCG